CUCCUGACCCGAGGUGCUGGUCUCUGCAGCAUCCAGGAAUCUGUGGGGAGGGUAGGGGUAUCUGCUUCACUCUAGAGGAGCCGGGACACAGCAGCAGAAUGGGCGGGAGGUCCUCGAGCCCCCUGGACAAGAGGCAGCAGCAGCACCUGAGGGGCCAGGUAGAUGCCCUACUGAGGAACUUCCUGCCCAAAUACCGUGUGCAGCUGGCAGCUUCGGUCCUGCGGCAGAUUUCCAAGGAGCUGGGCCCCCAGGAGCCGGCUGGAUGCCAAUUGCUGCACAGCAAAAAGCUGCCACGAGUCCGAGAGCACCGAGGGCCCCUGACCCAGCUUUGGGGCCAGCCACCCCAGUGGCAGCCAAUCUUCUGUGUCCUGCGUGGGGACGGCCGCCUUGAGUGGUUCAGCCACAGAGAGGAAUAUGAAAAUGGGGGCCGUCCCCUGGGAUCCGCAGCCCUGACGGGGUACACUGUCCUGACUUCCCAGCGUGAAUAUCUUCACCUGUUGGAUGCUCUCUGCCCAGAUUCCCCAGGAGACCAUAUACAAGAGGAGCCUGACCCUCUCCUGGAAACGCCAGUGAAUUUCCCCCUGUUCCUGCAACACCCAUUCCGCAGGCAUCUCUGUUUCUCAGCAGCUACAGGGGAGGCGCAGCGUGCCUGGAGGCUAGCACUGCAGGGCGGUAUUCGGCUUCGUGGCACAGUCCUGCAGCGAAGUCAGGCCCCAGCCGCCCGUGCCUUCCUGGACGCCAUACGGCUCUACCGGCAGCACCAAGGUCACUUUGGCCAUGACGACGUGACGCUGGGCUCGGACGCCGAGGUCAGUGCUGCGCAGGGCCGCACCGGGAUCCCCAGGAACCCUCUCGGCCUCCAGCCACACCCACAGUCCCCUCUCCUGCAGGUUCUGACCACCGUGCUGGUGCGGGAGUUGCUGCCGGCGCUGCGAGCCAAGACCUUGCCCAGCUUGCGGGGCGCUGGCCGAGCCCGGGCCUGGGCUUGGAUCGAACUCCUGGAUGCCAUUCACGUCGCCGUCCUGGCCCAGGCCUCCACGGGGCUCCGCGCCUUCCAGCCUGAAAAGGACGAGUUGCUCGCAGCCCUGGAGAGGACGAUCCGCCCGGACGUGGACCAGAUGCUGCAGCUGCGGGAGCGCGUGGCAGGGAGGCUGCGGGCCAAAGUCCAAGGCCCCCUGGAGUCAUGCCUGCACAGAAAGGUGGAUGCGCAGCUGCCCCAGGUCACAUGGACGCUGCUGAACACUGUGGAAGCCGCGCUCGCGGCGGUGCAGACCCUCAUAGUCCAGGGCAUGGACCGCCUGUUUUGCCACCUGCGUGGGAGCCCCUCGGGAGCGCGGUUACGGAAAGAGGUUUACUCCUUUGGGGAGAUGCCAUGGGACCCAGAGCUGAUGCAGACCUGCUACCGAGAGGCUAGACGGAGCCAGAGGCACCUGGGGCAGCUGGCAGCACCCUUUGGCUUCCUCGGAGGACGAAGUCUGCUGUUUGGGGCCCAGGAUCUCGCACAGCAGCUCAUGGCGGAUGCUGUGGCUACCUUCCUGCAGCUGGCUGACCAGUGUCUGACCAUGGCCCUGGACUGUGACCAGGCUGCCCAGCAGCUGGAGAAGGUCAGGGGGCGUGUGCUAAAGAAGUUCCAGUCAGACAGUGGCUCGGCGCAGAGGAGGUUCAUUCGUGAGUGGCAGCUCCGCAUCUUUUUACCCUUUGUGCUGAGCCAACUGGAGCCAAGCUGCAAAGCGGAGCUGUCUGAGUUCGAAGGGGAUGUCCUUUCUGUGGGCAGCCCAGCCCUGACCAUCGAGGGCAUCUAUGAGGAUGUUGUCCGGGGGGUCCUGCUGCAGAGGAUUGAUGGAGAAUUGAAAAAGGCCCUCGGUGUCAGUGAUGUGUCCUGCUCUCUGGAUGGCUGCUCAGAAGCCCCAUGGGACCAGAUGUGAGCAGCUCCAAAUCUUAACUUAGUAUCAGGUUUCUCAGCUGAGAGAAACUUGACUUCCCUCUGCUUGCCAGAAAAGUCAUCUGUGCUUUUAAGGUUGGCAGCUUCUCCACAUCACAAGCCUCCCAGCUGCUUCCGGACCAGGUUCCGGAGGGAUUUCCCCAACGCUCUUCUUGGUUCAGCCUUCAGAAGGGACCUGCACACUCCACGGAGAUGGUUUCCUCCCAUUUUUGUCCUGGGAGUUUUCAGCCUCCCGCAAGAGAGGCUGAUUUUCCCCCUCCAACUCCAUCUUUUGAAAUGUAUUUGCAUUUCAUAGCUCACUCUAGCUGGCUUCUUUUGACCCUGGAUAUAGACAUUAUUCUGGAAAUAUUGCGGCAACAAGAAUUGUCAUUCUGCCUACUUUGAGAAAACCACUGCUUGCCCCAGGGUCUAAAUCCUUCUAGUCUUUUCUCAGUGUAUCAAGGGACAGGAUGUGCUUGUCACCCUGUUUUUCUUCAUUAGUAUGAAAGAUUUUUUCUUGCCAGAGGGUAAAUUUGUUUUUCCUUUUUUUUUACGGAAAAUAUCAAGCACACCCCAAAAGCAGAGACCUCCUGUGCCCCUAUUGACAUUGACCAAGUUUGGCCCCAUUCCUUUUCCUCCACUCAGAAUUAGUCAUGUAACCAGUAAAGAUUGGGCUGCAUUUCUGAAAUAUUCAGCCAAAAACUUAACUUAUGCAGAUAAUUACUGUAGGAAAAAAAAUUGGAAAAUAGAAGCCAAGGAGACAAAAGUAAUUGGAGGAAUGGGAUGGACAAGAGGAAAAGCAUAGAGACAAGGAGUAUCAAUUACCCCCAUACACAUGCUGGGAGAUUUGGGGCUUUUCUAGUCAAGCUCAUUGCCUCAUCUUGCUUUGUCCCUUGAUGGACGGCCAGGACACAUAACCUGUGCCCUGGAUUUUACUUAACAAUAUUAACACCCUGUUAUGCACACAUUAAUAAAUAUAUAUCUGAGCAUCA